AUGCCUCCUAGAAAGAGAAUAACCAGAAGCUCCGCUAAGAGUACCAGCUCCCCAGUUGGAACACCAUCUAAGGCUUCUCCUGCAAAGAAGGGUUCCAAGAAGUCUGCUGUGGCUAAAAAGAAUGAAGUGUCAACUGAAGAGACUUCCAUUGAGCAAGAAGAUUCUAAGGACGAUUCUCUCAGUGUUGUGGAAAAUUUGGCUGAAGGACAAAAAGAGUUCAUUAAGCCAGCCGUUAUUGAGAAGGCUGUUAACGAGUUGCUUGCCUUCUUGAAAAAGCAAGACGAAGAGAAAUCGACCAAGAAAUCCAGUCUGUUUGAGGAAGAUGCUGUUCCAUUUACCUUGAAGUUUACCUCUGUUAAAUAUUUCACCGAUAAGGUAAACCUAAAGCCAAAGCUGAUCAGUUUGCCUCAUCCCCUGCAUCGUGAUGAAGAAGAGUUUAAAUUUUGUGUUUUCGUCAAUGAUAAACUUAUAGGAGAAAAAGAACUCUCCCAAAUUGAGAACGAUGAGUAUCUGACCAAAUAUGUCGGAAGAAUUGUACGUGGAGAAGAGCUGAAGGGGGAAUUUCGUCCUUACGACGCCAGAGAGCAAUUGAGAGAAAGUUACGAUUGUUUUGUCUCCGACGAUGCUCUGGUCACUACGUUACCAAAACUGUUGGGAAAAACUUUCUACGAUUCCUCAGUUAUUCACCUCCCUGUCCCCAUUAAGCUGAGGGUUUUUAAGGGAAAAGACUUUUCUCUUGACGUGCUGAAACAGUCUCUCGAGAGAGUUAGAACUUCCACUUAUUACAGAGUUCCAUUCGGGACCGAAUUGGAAAUUAGGAUCGGCGACAGUAAAAUGAACCCAUCUGACUUGCUAGAGAACAUCACCACUGUCGUAAACAAAGUGUUAAGCCAAGAGCAAACGAUCAUUGACGUUGACCUAAAAUCUUACGACAAAUCUUCAGCUGUUCUGCCCAUCUAUACCAGUGAUGAUUUUUACACCGAGGACGAUGUCGCAGAAGUAGCACUACCACCUAUUAGACCUGUCGACGUCAUUUCAAAGGAAGACCCAUUAGCUGCAUUCAAGGACGCUCUGGUUGAAAUUGCUGUUGACGAAGACGAGGCCAAGAAGCUCAUCUCAGAAGUAUUAGUUGACUCUGAGAAACCCAAAAAGAGAAAUCAUAGACAUAAUCACACCGACGCUCAGGAACCAGUCUCCGAAAGUCUUUCAAACAAGAAAAGAAAGGAGGAAUAA